GCGAAAUGAAUGCUAAAAAUGGCGCGUUCGCUAUAUCGGUUCUGUAUCUGUGAAUACGAGUGAAUUCAGUGAAAACAGAAAUAUUUUUCUUGUAAUUCGUUAAAACUCAUUCAGCAAAAGGAAUGUUUUUCGCAUCAGGAAGUCAGGAAUCACCAAGACGCUAAACAGUUGUGGCUAAUAACUUGAUACAAUCUAUGAAAGAACUACUGAGAUAGCUACGAAUUUAUCGAAAACCGUGCAUCGCAUAAAAUGUCUUCAUGAGGUAUUUUUCAUACAACAAUGUUAAUUGAGGAAUUUGUAGAAAAUGUAAAAAAUGAGCUUUCCGCCGUUUUAAUUGAUAAUUAUUGAAAAAAUCACAUCCUCACCAUGUUACGGCCAAGAAUUCUUAGUAAUUAUAAUGGCAAACAGCGAGAUUGCAACAAAAAGGAAAAAGACAUAGAGGCGAUAGAACAUCAGGUCGUAACGUCUCAGAUGAAAAAUGUCCAGCCCAAUCAUGCAAAAUUAACAACGAAUAAUGAUGCUGACAAUAAUAUGGAAAAAACAAGCAUGCGAUUCGAAAUGGGGGUAUCCCUUUCCAAGGAGCAAUCCGUCACUUGUACCGAUGGAAAAAUUAUACAGACAACAACGCAGCAUUCGAUCAACGUUGUGCAGCUUACAGCCAACAGUUCAACAAAAGUUUAUCAGUUAAUGCCCGAAUUCUCCAAAAGAGUGGGGCAAAGCACUGCAGACUCGAUGAUAACAGUUGGAAGCAGUGGGCAAAAUUUGUCCACGAGAGUAGGAAAACCAGCCACUUCUCAUUCUUCUGAUAAAGUUGUAAAGUUAGCGCCACAGUCGUCAACGAGAGUAGCGCCCUUUUCACCCGAUUCGUUGGAAAAAGUCGCGGAGUUGAUAGCGAACCCGUCGUUAACAGUGACCCGUGCGGUACCAAACUCCACUAAGAAAAUCUCUCGACGGAUACAAACUUUUUCGCCCAUACUAUCACGAGUGUCGAGAAACUCGACACCAAGGAUAACGCAAGUGCGAGGAGCCAACUCGCGAGCGGGAGUAGCAGAGUUGAUUCCGGAUCCUUCAACCAGGAUUGUACGAUUGAUGUCCAAUACCUGUAGACCCGUACUGGAGUUGACGCCAACGGGUUCACCAAAAAUUGGUCAAACUGCACCACGUUCUCCUAAAAAAGUUCCACCGCUCAUUAAAUUUUCUCCAACCAGAGCCAUAGGCUUGACACCUAAUUCACCAACGUCGACGGUGCGACAGGUUUAUAAAAAACCUUGUAUAAAAUCAAUAGAGCAGUUGACAAAAGCGGAUGGCCAUAACUUUGUUAUGAUUUUGCCUGUUUCUGAAAAAGAGGCAACGACUGUUCAAUCGCAGACGGCGAGCAUGUGUGAAAUAAUACAAAAUCCAAAGGACGUAGCGCGAGUGCAACAAGUUAUUGGGAUUCCACGUUCAUAUGGUGCUUCUGAAAAUAAUUUUUUGGAGAAUAAUUCUGCCAAAUUGACAAUUGUCUCGCCGCGAGUAAUUAAAACAAAACGUCAGGACAGUGUGCCCAAAGAACCGUGCUCAAAGUCAAAGAAUAAAGAUAAUAUUGAGUUUACAGAGAAGCUUGCUAAAAUCAAUGAGAUUAUUUACGUCCCAGAGACGACUGAAGAAAAAAUUUUAAUGGAGAGUGAAAAAUCCGUUGCAGACAGUAACGAAACCGAUCCGCUGGAAAUAUUUCCACAGGUUGAAAAAGCUGACAGUAAGCAGCCUGACGCUGACACGGAAUUUGUCGAUGCAAAAGAAUCGAUGAAUAAGCCCGAACCCUCCAGAAAACGGAGCAGAACUUUUGUUUCAAAGAAGAAACAGAGCAGAGCUCUCAAUUUGAAUAAAAAAAAAGGCAGAACUACCGGGCCGAAUAGCAAAAGCAAAGAAGAAAAGAUUUCAGCUCAAAAAACUGCAAGAAUGAUGACGAGAAUGAGGAAAUCAACGAUUCUCAUGACCAGAAGAAGAAAUACCAGGCCGACCGCGAGACCGAAUCAAAUGAAGCCAAAAAUGUCAACACUCUUGAGAAUGCAAAGUCAGAUAACAAAAACGCUUGCGAAUUUAGGCCCGCCGGUGGAAAAAAAAUGGCUAGCCCAGUGUAUCAUUUGCAAAGAUCGAUUCACCGACAAAUACGAAUUUCAUCGUCACGCAACACUCUCGCAUCCCGGCAUUCGCAUAGUAUUUUGCGAACUUUGCAACGCUUCCUUUCGUUCCGACAUCGAGCUGAAGGAGCAUCGUUAUUCGUAUCAUAAAAUAACCGUUACUAAAGACGCCGAGAACAAUCUGAUCAAGCUCGAAGCGCCGAAGAAGCAAAUUGUCAAGCGUGGACUCAAAAAUGUCAAAACAGUUGCAAACGAAAGACGCGUUAAAUUCGAAUCUACUGCUGGGCACUCUAACGAUCAUUUUCCAUCGCGCCCGAUAAUAAAAAAAGUUCCAUUUUCAAACUUGAAAACAGGGAAAUCGGAAGAAAAUUCCCAACUACAUUCAGUCGCGACUGGUCCUCGAGCAACAAAAUCGCAAAAUCAGACUAUGAAGUCGAGAUACAUAUACGUUGAUAACGAUAUCGUAAACCAUAAAACCAUUAUCAACGAUGAAACAUUCGUUAAUGCUGAAAAGCGAAAACUGACAAUACCGAUCGUAAAACUUGACGGUUUGGCGCUUGAAAAAUAUUCGAUGAAAUUCGUGACGAAAGCAUUGCAUAUUGGUUUUGCAGGCUCAAACCAACAUGAAGAUCUAACGGAGUCUAACAAUAAACCCGCUAUUACUUCAAAAGAGACGCCAAGAUUGGAUAAUCCGAAAUUGAAAAAAAUGAACGGGGAUCGGGAGCACCCUGUUGCUGGAUCAACAUUAAGAAAUCGGCGAAAAGAGGUAUUCAAAGAUAAACAAGAUGCAACGAUUUCGAAUGCAAAUUCCCCGGCUCCGCGAAGAAGCAUGAGAAGACGCAAAAAAAAAAUAUUCGACGACGCUUUCGAGAAAUACUCGAAUGACGAAUUUGCGAAGACCAAACCGUCUGACGAUGCUGUAGAAUCACCGAAAAAAGAAAAAUACCAGAAACUCGAGGAUUCGACAUCGGAUAAUUCUCGAUCGAGUCAAGAUUUUACGUUAAUCGAUAUCGAGGACGAGGACAAGUCCGAAGUUGCCAAAAGCGUUGAGAAACAAAAAGUUGAUGAAAAAUCUGAGCCGCCAUCCUCGGCUCCGACUUGCGAUCAAGUUGAUGCAAAUCGUGUGUCUUUGAACGCUGACGAUGUUGACAUGGGAUCAGUCAGUUCUCCAAAACAAAAAGAAUCCAUGCAUUCGAGUGAAAAAGCCUCGGAAUCGAAGCUGGCGUCAAAAGAUUCAAGUCCAGAGAGACUCAACGUUAAAUCGACGAGGAGAUCGUCCAAACUCAAGGAAUCACAAUCUUUGAGAAUGCGAGCUUCAAAAUCCCCUGGCAGCGACGUAAAUUUAAUUCGAAAGCGAGCGUUGAGACUGCCACGAUUCUCUUGCGAUAAUUUAUACGACGAUAAUUCGUCGAUCGAUUCCGAUGGCUCGACAAACCGUGAUGCAGCACCCGACGAUACCCCGAAUAAACAGGACAAAAGAGCUAUUGUAAAUAAGAAACUGAAAGAGAAAAGAUACACGCAACGGAAAGGAAAAGGAGACGAUAAAAAUAAGUUGUCAGAGGAAAAAAUUGACGGUGAAGACAAUCAGGAGAAAAAACAAAACAGCGGGGACGGAAAAAAUCUGGAUGAAAAAUCGACUAACGACGGUGAACGGAACAGAAGUGCGAACAAAGAGGAAAAACAAUCGAAACCGAAGUCAAACGUGAGUGAGAAAUUAGGAAAAAAACAAUCGGACGAUGAGGAUGAAGAACCGAAAAGAAGAAUCAACGAUAAAGAUAAAAAACCGAAGGAAAAGAUUGAAGAUGAAGACGACGAGAAAGAUGAAAAACCAGAGGACAAAACGAAACGAUUGAGAGGUAGAGAUCGCGUCAGGAGUACAAAUCUUGAAAACAAAAGCAAGUGCGAACAAUUAAAUAACUCUGAUGAUCCUGAUACAAGAAAUCAGCCCGAAUUCGACUCGAAUGACGGUGACAUAAAAAAAUGUUUAGAUGAAAAAAACGAUUCUGAACUCGUGAACCAGAAAGAAAUUGAAAAUUCCUCGCAAACAAAUUCCACAGAAUCGUCGGUACAAAAAACACAUUCAACCAGUAAAAAACCCCCAAGCGUCUCGAAACAAAUGAGAAAAACUGAGGUUAAGAUAAAAAAGGCUGAUAACUUCUGUUCAGUGUGCAGAACACUGUGCGCAUUGAUGAAAAAAAUCUGCAGUCAGGUCGGCGAUAGAAAUACGAAUAAAAUUCCAGUCAAGUGUCCACUGUGCCAACGCUACUUCAUCUCAACGUUCCAUCUUGAGUUGCACGUAGCCACGAACCAUUUGCAAUGUGAGAACGAUAUUCCCUGCAAAAUCGCGGUAGCACCCUCCGUUGAAAAACCAUCUCCGGAUACUCAAUCAGAAACUAAGGCAAACGUCGAUAUGGUCGUUGUGUGUCUUCGUUGCUCCAUCAAACUAAAUACAGAGAAAGAACUGACCGAGCAUUUGUUCGUCAAACACCAAAUUCGCUAUUCGAAGGUUCAAUCCCCGAACGAAUUGCCCGAAUAUAUCAGAGAUUUACGAAUGUCUUUACUGGGGACGAACUGUCGGAAAAAAGUGGCGACUGCGAGCAAAAGUAGCGAGAGGACCGAUUUAAAUUCGACAUUAGAAAUUGAUACGAAUAAAUUGUCUCCGGCAACAUUGGGUUGUUCUUUUUGUGAUGAGAAAUUCGUUGACAGUACGAAAUAUGUUCGUCAUGUACGAGAAAUCCAUAACACGAUCAAAGCUUCAGCGUGCCCCGAUAAAAAAAUAAAAACUACAAAAUCUUUGAGCACCCAAGACAAGUUAUGUUCAAUGUCUGAUGAGCCUCUUCCGAAUGUUUCAGAAGCUUCAAGUACCAGUGUCAAUAAAUUUGAGGGAGCAUUAAAAACUCAAAAGGUUGAUUCACUUACGUCUGAUCGCGAUUACGUGCUGAAGCAACUUUUGUCCGAUGACUCGAGCGACGACGAAAGGAAGAAUAGUUCCAAAAACAAUCGUUCUCAAAGCUCUUCGCUCGGGGGACCAGCCAAGGAGAAUAUUGUUCAAAAAUACAAGGGUAAAAACGCUGCUGAACGUUCGUCGAGAUCUCUCAGCUUUGAAAAUUCUCAGAGAACAUUUGGACGAACGGAAGACUUGUCGUUACGCCGACUGACUCGCGUGGACGAAAAGAUUCUAAAGGAUGGUGAGAACGGGAAAAAUGAAUCGAAAACCGAGUACGAGGAUCGGUCGGAAGUAUUAGUCCAGUCGGAUUCGGAGGACGAGGACAACUUUGGGGAAUCUGAUGAACUCGAAUACGAUGAAUUCUCUCCAAUGAAGGAAAAAAUAAUUCCGUAUCGCAACGAAAGAGAGAGAGACGAUAAUGUAGCAGUUUUGUUCGGGACGAACGGAGCAAGUGAAAAAGUUGUGGUUGGUUCGAAGAGACGAGCGACUCUCGCAUCUUACGAAAUGUCACAAAUUUCAAAGGACGAGGAGACAGCAGUUCCGGUGAAAACACAGAAAACAUCCGACCCCAAUGAGUCCUCGGCCAAAAGUCUCGAUUUGACAAAGAACGAAUCUGAGAAUGCUGGGAUAUGUGAAUUGGAAGAGUCGUUAGAAAUGGAAGUGGGUGAGGCCGACGAGAACAACGAAAAGUUGCCAAUAGCAUGUGGCAAGUGUAACAGACACUUCGCCAAUCGCACAUCGUUGAACGAACAUUUGUUCUUCCUCCACGACGACAGUCUCAAAGACACUGUGCUUACCGACGUGCUAACACCAAUCGGUGGUUCGCGAGGCUCCGAGGAGCCUGAGUCGCCUCAACGUUGGACUUGCGAGAUUUGUGAUCAAAAUUUCAAACUGUUUCAGGCUUACAGUCGCCACAAAUAUUUUGUUCACGGCGACGAUUCGAUGGUCCACGUUUGCGACAAUUGUUCCAAAGUAAUAACGAACGUGACGAUGGUAAACGUUCACAUUUGCACGGACGUUGCCUCGUAUAAUUGUCGCGCUUGCAACGAAACUUUUACCAGUGGAAUGUCACUGAGAUUGCACAACACGGAGAAGCACAUGGAAACUAAUGGAGUCCACAGUUGCAACGAUUGUAAAAAGAAUUUUCUCACUAACGGCAUGCUAGAACGUCACAUCAUAAGCAAACACCAAUUCGUCAGACCUCAUCAAACCCGAAAGGCAAGUCCCGUGCGUAUGGCCAAGCCGGACUCGACGAACGACGAAGACUUUGAAAAACCAGUCGAUUCGGAAAGACACUGCAAUGAGGAAAUCAACGAAGCUCCUACCGAAGGAAAUCCCGGCGAGGACGAUCAUUCAAUCAAGGCCGAUGACACCCCUGCUCAUCGACGUGGAAGAUGGAGAUCUUCCAGAAGCAAGAAGAAAAAGGUCAUGGCGAAGCGUCCGAUCGGUCAGAAAAUUGGGAGUUUCUUCGAGGCGGGCAAGAAGAAGCGAGGAAGAAAGCCAAAAAUCCCGGUGCCCGAUGAUGAGUCGUCGGCCAAAAGUUCCCAAGACGAGGAUGAUGACGCUUUCGAAGAACACCAGAUCGUCUACAAAGACAAGUCGGUGUACGUCGAUGACAGCGAGAUCCAACAGUGCGCUAUGUGUCAGUUGUACUGUCUUUCAAGGUCGACGCUGAGGGAUCACAUGACGAAAAUUCACUCGAUUUUCGACGAGAUAUGCCAGCUAUGCCAGAAAAUGUAUCCAAACGGUAAAUUAAUACGGCACAUGAUAGAACGUCACAUUACCUCGGACAACGGUGAAGUUUUGUGUGUGGGUUCAAGUUGGCGUUUAGGUGGGAACUGCAACGAAAUCGACGCGGAAAUAUUGAUGAAAAUGUUGGGCAUCGACAGGCUCGUUUCCCUCUGCGAAUACAGGAGAUACUCCGAAAAAAUCGAUUCCUCUUCUUAUCCUUGCGUUACUUGUAAAAAACAAUUUAAUAACCACGAACUUUACAGAUAUCACUUCCUGUUGCAUCACGAUACUUUCUGCGCGCUUUGCAACAUCGAGUUCAAGACCGGUCACGAUGCUGCGAGGCAUAAAAUCGAAGUUCACGGAUCUGUCGGACGGUACAUUUGGUUCGCUGAUAGAAUUGUUUCAGCUUUGACUUCGACGAAAAAUUUCACCAACACCACUGAGCGUAUCUUCAUGGAAAGAAUCACGAGAGAUGAAAAGGCCGGCAACGAUGAAGCCGAAGAGAUCGAGGACGACGAGGAAGCGAUAAAACAUUCGAAUGCUAUCCGCGUGCUCGAUUCGACCGCAAUGCGAGAAAAAACUAUCACGGUAAAUGUAAAAAAUGUUUCGAGCGUCGGACAAUCGAUAGAACUCGAUUCAUCCGCUAAAACAACGUCGAGCACUUCAGGAACCUUGGUUCCAACGUUUUCGAGCGAAGGUGAAACGUUGAUCGACAAUGCAUCCGGUGCUUCUGACAAUUCCGUUCAUCUCGAAGACGUCAGUUUGAUAAUCGUAGUUACGGACGAUGAUCUCGAAAGAUUCAACAUUACGACACGAUAUCCCAACAUUUGGGGUCUCUCUGCAAAGAUAAGUUCGACCUACAACGAGAUCACACCGAAGCAGGUGAAAGAGAUGCUGGAAUGUCAUUUCGAAAGAGAAGAAGAUUUCGACUCGUAACCGGGAUAAAGGGUAAUAGACCAUUUCUUACGAACUCGAAUCGCACGUCGUUGGAAAGAAGAGAAAAUAUUUUUGUUAUUCUUCGAUGAGCAUAAUUUCCAGUUCGCCAACAUCUUUUCGCUGGUUCUAUUUUUAGCUUCAACGAUAACUUCAAAUAAAACAAUAUCAUUUUUUGGCUCAUUCGAUACCAAAUAUUUUAGAUACUUUAUAAAAAAAAAUGAUUCUUUUCCAACGACUUUGAACUUGACUUUUCAUCUUAUUUUUAUUUACGCAAUUCUAUUCAUUAAAUAUAUUACUCGCUCUGAGCGUUCGGAUUAACUUCUGAAAGCGCAAAACCGAAAUUUCACGACUCGCAAUGUUUUUCGAAAUAUUGAAUUUUUUCUGUAUAAUUGCAACACGUUCUGAUAUACUUCUAUAUAUCUCUUGCUAACAGCGAUGUCUCGAUCGUGUUAUCAAAAUCCCAACCACCGCAAAUGAUUUCAAUAUCUCAGUAAAUAUUGCAAGUGACCAAAUAUCUUUUCAGGGGUAUUGUCAAAUAGAAGAUGUAUGCCAAAUUUCAUCGCAGAAUUCGAUUUUGGGCUUUCGGAAGUAUAAUGGAGCGUUCUUAUCUGAAAAAAAAACCCAAUUGUUAUGGUUUUCAGACAAUCUGAUAAUGAAUACUUUGCGGAGCUUUAUUUUGUUUCGUCAAAUUUUGUCAUGCAAUAUUUCUUUAAACAAUAAUGAGAUCGUCAAACGAUUCUUUUCACCUUAGAACAACAAAAAGUCAGUACCUUUCUUUUCAAAAUAUAAUAUGCUUACGACUACAUCAUAUUUUGGUACGCAAUAAUCAAUCACAUUAUGUUUACUUUUUUCAUUAAUUUCCAUAUCGACGGGGAAGUUUUAUUACUUUUGUUUUCAAUGCAGUGAUUUAUGAAUAUAUAUUGUACAUGUACUGUCUUGAAAAUUAAAUUUUGGGAUUUCGAAAGACUUAUGUAUAAGUAUAAUUAUAAUUCACGUUAGAAUAAUGUAAAAAAAUAUGUAAAGUCGAUGAUUGAUACAUUUUCAUAAUAAAUAAUCUUAAAGAAAUUUA